AUGCAGCUGUUCGACCGGCUGAAGGCCGAGAAGGGCCCGGGCGUGCUGCGCAAGGUGGUGGGCGUGGCCGGCGACGUGGCCCUGCCCGACCUGGGUCUGUCGGCCGGCGACCGCCAGCUGCUGCGCGACCGCGUCAACAUCGUGGUGCACGCGGCCGCCACCAUCCGCUUCGACGAGUCGCUCAAGAAGGCCGUGCUGCUCAACACGCGCGGCGUCAAGCUCAUGCUGCAGCUCGCCGCCGAGAUGAAGAACCUGGAGGCAUUUCUUCACAUAUCAACAGCUUAUUGCCACUUAAAAGAGAAGGUUCUUUAUGAGAAGCCAUAUCCACCACCUGCUGAUCCACAUUCCAUCAUUUAUCUUGUGGAAAAUACACCAGAGGAUGUCUUAGAAUCCAUGACUAAAAAGAUUUUAGGAGAUUUGCCAAACACAUAUGCUUUCACAAAGGCCUUGGGAGAAGGUUUGGUAAAUGAACAGAUGAAUAAACUGCCUAUUAUGAUUCUUCGUCCAUCAGUAGUCAUUCCAAUAUGGAAGGAUCCUUUACCUGGAUGGACUGAUAACAUCAAUGGACCAACUGGAUUGCUGAUUGGUGCUGGGAAGGGAGUAAUUAGAACAAUGUAUUGCAAUCAAAAAGGUUAUGCUGAUUUCUUACCUGUCGAUAUUGCAGUGAAUGCCAUAAUGAUUUGUGCAUGGAAUUUUAUUUGUUGUGGAGAUCGGGAACAUAAUGUAAUCCACUUGACAUCUAGCUCUGAAUAUCAAGUGUCAUGGUCAGACAUCAUUGAAAUUGGAAGAAAAGUUACUGAGCGCAUACCACUCAAUAACGUGGUGUGGUAUCCAGGCGGAAGUAUGAAGACUUCAAAACUGUAUCAUUAUAUCUGUGUCCUGUUCUUCCACUUAAUACCAGCUAUAUUUUUGGAUAUGAUCAUAUUUUUAGCAGGUCACAAGCCAAUCUUGUGGAGAGUUCAUCGACGUAUACUGAAGGGGUUUGAAGUAUUUGAAUAUUAUGCAAACAAUCAAUGGGAUUUCAAAAAUGAUCUUGUUGUUGAUAUACGCAAAUGUCUAAAUGCAAGAGAAAGAUCGGAAUUUAUUAUAGACGGUGAUGACAUGGACUUAGAACAAUACUUUGAAGAUUGUGUGAAAGCUGCUAGAGUUUACAUACUCAAAGAAAUGCCUGAAACACUUCCUGGAGCACGCAGACAUUUAAAAAUAAUGUACUGGGUGGAUGUCAUUACCAAGAUAGUACUGGGAUCGCUUCUCUUGUGGACUCUCUGGAAUCGUGCUGAUGCCAUUAUUGGUGGCUUCUUGCGAGUGGUAAACUUCAUGGUGUGGCUAGUCACAGGAAUUUUUGGUCUGCUGAGUGGGUCACUUAUGUCUAGUGCAAUCUCAACUCCUCCUUCAGGUGCACUAGAAUCAUGAUAUUAAAUGUUGAUAUUAGAGUUGUGAAGAUUCACUCUCAUAAAUUGUGUUUCACUUUCAGUUCAAACAAUAAUUAAACUGAAAAUAAUUUUUAUUUGUUAUGAGGUGCAUUUGGUUGUUGCAUAGUUUCAAUACAAAGAUGUGAUUAUUUCAAAUUUUCUGAUAAAAAUGGAACUUGAGUGAUUAAUCUACAAAAUGUGUAGAAUAAUUACUUGCAGAAUGCAAAGUAAACUUACAUCAGAUUAGAAAAUAGAAAGAAUUACUUCACUUAUUAAGUGUAUUACAAAAAUACAUUCAUACUAGUUAUAUUUUUAUAAUCAUUGUUAUAUGUAGUUCAUAUUAUAUGAUUUUCAUCAAGAGUUAGAUUUUUCCUUUACUCAGUGUGACAAGAAGCAUGUAUUACAAUGCUUUAUUCUGUGAUAUGUUUAUUUCCCCAUUUUUGCAUUAAACAACAAAGUCUUUCACACAUUAUUUCCAUUGAAAAAAAAUUGUUAAAUAUUACUCUCUACUGUUAAUAGAAUACAUUCAAUAUUUGGGCUUGUUUCCAGCAAAUUCAUCAACUUGUUACCACAAAUUAUUCUUUAAAAUAUAUGGUUACAAUAAUUAUACUACAAUUCGCUUGACUUAUACCUGUAUAUUUCAUUAUAUAUUUUUACAUAAAAGUGACGAAUAAAUUGUUCCUCUUAGUAACAUUGAAUAUGCUCAGAACAGAGCAUUCUUUUGUAUAUAGGUGGGAAUUGUAGACAAAAUAGUACUUGUAAUUCUAAUAGCAAUCUUCUUCAUGGCAAUGUGUUUUCAGAGUUUACAUUUUUUUUCAGUAAUUUAACUCUUCUGUCAAAUUGUUUUGUAAUUUUAAAUGUGGCCUAUCUGACAUGAUUAGGUGACUCUUAUAAAAAAAUUAAAAACAGCUCAAAUACAUAUUAGUUUCAAAUCUUUGUUCAAAAUCACAGAACAAACAAUAAUUUAAUUUAUUUGGAUGUGUCAUAUCAUUUUAUUGAACGCUAAUAUAUUCCAACAUAUGUUUUUAAGUUGUAGACUAGAUGUUUCAAAGAGGGUUUUACAGACAUUAUUAGUUUUACUAUUUAAUUUCAAUUUUAAAAGAAAUAUUCUUCUACACAUUCUUUACAAAUAUUACCACCCAUAAACAUUAUUGUAGUCAAUUGUUACAUAAUAUAUUCAAUUUCAUGUGCAUUUUUUUUCAAAAGUGUUAUUAUAUAACUUGCCAAUAUUUUUUACUGUCAUGUAUUUCAUUUUCAUGUACAAAAAAUACAUUAUAAAAUAAUCUCAGAU